AUGGCGCCCACGAAGGAGACAUACAUUUAUCUUUGUAAUUGCGACAAUUUAUGUGAUUUAAACGAGGUGGAAGAGCUUUUGAAAGCUGUCGAAAAGAAGCUUGUAGUGAAAACUUCUUUUAAGAUCGUAAAAGGCUACUUCAGCGGCGGACAAAUCUCGGAUAUGGUCAACGAAACUAUCCCCAACUUGAAGAUGGAUUAUGCAGUGUUUGUUGUGCAUGCCGGUGAAUGCUGCCUCUCUUUCAGCGAAGACAGUGGUCAUGGAAAGAUUUAUGAGGCUCUCAAGAAGCGAACAGGCUCUGGUAGGUUACAAAUUUACCUUGAACAAAGUCAUGGAGUGCGGGAUUCCUAAUUCGUCAAGUUAUUCGUCGUGUGUUGUUUCUAAGAACCUUUGCCGGGUAAUUCUUCCUGUCCAAGAUAGUCAGAAAUAUUUUACUACGCUCAAAAACAUAGAUGUUCUGUACAACCAAUGAAUAGAAAUCAGUACUGAUUAUCUUAAAAUUUUAAAAAUAGAAAAGUGACUCGAUAUAUGGGGAAAAAUGAAAGAGUGAGUUUCUCGACCUGCGCGAAAGGUUGUCGCCAAAGUGGUGCAAUAUAUAAGAUAAAAGAGACUUCUUUUAGAGAUAGGGCUCCUAAAGACUCUAAUUUUAUCUCAAAUAAUAUCACUUUACCCAAUUCGCAUAUGGACAUAGUUUGAUACUACACUGGUUUGCAGAUUUAAUGAAUGUAACCGAAGAAGUUACAAUUCAUAGACCCAACGUUUCGACACUCCUGUCUAGUGCCUUCAUCAGGGGUGAUCUAAACGCUGCAACAAGAGGUCCUUUUAUAUGAUCACUAAUUAGCGGCCUUUUUUCUGACGGAUGUGACGGAACUCCCAAUACAUCUACAGCUUUAUUGCAUCAUGUAUCAUACAUUAUUAUAUCCCUCUUUUUUUUUCAUUUCAAGAUGAAAAAGUAUUGAUUGUCAUAGGAAGGGAUGACAAUUACAGAGACGAUGACGAAGAAAACCGUUCCAUGCUUUCUCGUCGGGCCAGGAACACAGCAUUAUCCCGCCAACUUCGUCCACAAUUCAUUGAUGGUAGAAAAAGCUUUAUAUUUUCGUGGAACAGGAAACACAGAGCUAUUCACGAAGAAGCACUAAUGCAUUACUUUGAUUCCACCAAAAAGGGACAGAAGUUUACGAGUCAAUUGGUAGCAGAGUCCGUUAGAAUUGAACCCAGACCUGAAGAAAAUUGGGUAACAUCCCCAGUAGCCACACAGAGUCAGGUGAUUAUGACAUGUCCAAUUAUCGAUUUACGUAUUCCCAGGUCUAAUGCGGUCCAGUGAGCUAAGGGACUAUGUAGCCGCGAUUUCACUGAUCAUCGCAUGGUAGAUCUGGGCUAAUCUUUCCUAUAGCUUUGUGGUAGAGCACCAGGGCGGGAAGUCUGACGUUUUGAGGCUAGUUUCCUUUUAUACCCGUCACAGAGCGUAACGUCGUCCUUAAGUUGAUAAGCAAACUGUAAAUUUACCAUCUUUCUCGAUUUAUUUGCGACCAAAAGGCUGUUCCUUAGGAGGAAAAAUGUUACAGUGCCUCCUUUGAUCAGACGUAGGAUCCAACCCCCUCCCCUUUAAAGAUAACGCUGAAGGGGAGGGAGGAUUUUAUUUAGGGAUAUUCACAGCAGGAACUGAAGUACGACAUCUUUAUCCGAUAUUUCUGUCAUGGACAGCGUCAUGAUUAUAAACUUUGAGAAAAACUCAAGCGAGGCCUAUGGUUUGCAUUGUUUGCUAAAAUGUUCGAUGACCUUUGCUGUUGCACCAAGCUUGCUUGAAUCAAUUUUUUAUGUCACUAAACUGUUCAUUGGAACGUUUUUUUGUUGUUGCUAUACUCUCUUGAGGGGACUUCGAGCCCCAUUAAGUAACUCAAAAUAAUAUUUUUAGCAAUCUUUGAAUUCAUGGCGAGGUAAAAUUGGAUAGACAGUUAUAGCUACUGUUGAUGUUUUUGUUGCUUUUUUGAUCUGGACAUGCAUGAUUGUACUGUUUGAUAAGCUAGUUAACCCUUUACACCAUAACAUCAGUAUGCAAAUUCUUCACACUGUUCUUUAUACAUUUCCUAAGGUGCUGACAAGGAGAAUUUGUUUGCCAAUCAAAAAGUUAUUUCACUAGUGAUCAUUUACUUUAUUUUCAUGACCUUACUGUUUGAUUCAGGGGUGAUAUUGUACGGAGAAAUAAGAUACUAGUCUCUCUAAGGGUUUAAAGGAUUUAUAAGUCCUCAAAUCAAACCAAUGUAAAUCCUUGCAUAAACAAAUAAGCUUCAUUUUACGAUAAAGUUUAAGACAGAGCCACAAAUAUUGAUUCAGACCCUGAGUAAGUGUUCGUUUUAUUUUUUGCUUUUCUGUAUAAACCACUCAGUCACUUGAGAUCUCUCAACAAGGACCUUCUGAUACCGAAAACUCUCUUGAUGAACAACAGACAGAGGAGAAAAUUGAAGAAGAGAAUGAACCAUGUGUUCUUCCAGGUAUAAAAAACAGUAGUAAUACUAUGACAUGGGUAUUGACCCCAGGAAACAGAAGCCAGAUGUCCCUUGCGCGUUUAACCUUUUAACUCCCAGAAGUGAUCAACCAGUAACUUCUCCCUACAAUAUCCAUGCACUAUCUAGCAAACAGGUAAUGAGAAAACUCAAAUGCAUCAGAUAGAAUUUGUUAUCUUGAUCUAACACGAAAUUCUCGUAACUUAUAUACGAGGAAAUGUCUAGCAACCAGAGGGGAGAAUUAACAUUCAGUUCUCGGGAGUUAAAGGGUUAAGCUUGGCUGAGCUGUGUCCUUUCUCAAAACCCUUGCGUCGGUCCUUCUUAAUUUGGGUCUCGAGGAACUACGAUUACAGCUUUGUUGUGCAUUCAUAUAACCCACUUACGUACAUGAGAUGCCAUUAAAAGGUCCCUUAACUCAUAACAAAUCAAAAGGUAACUGGAGGAUGAUGACUGUGGUGAACACCAUGCAGGAUUCAAUCAUCCAAUGACAACCACAAGUUUUGGAAACUAUUAAAACAUUUGUAAGCAUACUGAAAAUAGGUAGGACCAAUGGCACCAUCCCCAAAAAACAUCUUCUAAGCAAGUGUUCUCUCCCGUCAUCACCUGGAUAGCUAAGUCAUUUUGGGCUAUUGGGUGACCAUUGAUAACAUACCCACUGUGUAAACAUAUUUGCAAGAUACCGAAACAUUACAUGUCACCAGCUACUAAAUGCAUUUUCAUGUUACUUUUUUUCCAGUUUCCGAUUCACACUUCAGCACCGAUCACGAACAAUCUGGAUUUUUACUGCUCGAAACACGCAUGCGUUAUGGAAAAAUUUCGUUUGAAAGCAAAGACGUGGUGACCCGGGUAGAAAGCUGGCAACCAUCUGAAGAAGAUGCAAAAGAUUUGGAACAAAAAUGGAAGUCAACACCAUUUGCCAAAUUGAAGGUGUUUGGUAACAAAGGUGGAGAAAUUCACAAUGUCGUUGUCACACCAAAGAAGGCAUGGUGUUCAAUUUCGUAGGGAGAUUAGAAAUUAGUAGAAACAGGAGUUCUCAUAAAACAAAACUGAGGUGAACACAACUUCCCUUCGUUUAUUGCUUUGUUCUGAGGAUAGGCCAGCGAUGUUUUCGACUGUCACCUUUACAAAUCUGUGCAUCGCUAUGUGAAUUCCAAAGGAAAUUCUAGAGGUAGCUCUUUUCCUAUUUCAAUCAUCAACAUUAACUGUAACGUUAGCAUGUACAUCCUCCAAGAAUGCGUUGGUCUUAGCCUGGGCUAUGUUCGACUUGUACUUGUGCUACAAAGCACUCCUAUUUUUAAAUAUUAUUUGACUAGUAAUAAGCACAGGUUAGGAAGUGCGGAUGAUAUCGAUCCCUGGAGUUGUUAUGUAAAUAAAAGUUUUAUUUCCCCAAGGUAUAGUCAGCAGUUCAACCAAAAAACUAGACAAAAAUGCGAUGUGGCUUUGCUAUGACUGAGAGACUGAUUGCCCCUAAUCGUCUAGUCAUCAGAAUAUCAUAAACCUCUAUUAGAUGACAAAAAGUGUAAUAAAAAUUAUUUAAUGAGAUAUGACGAAAAAAAACAAAAGUAAGCAGAUUGCUUCAUUUCGCCGCAUAUAUAUAUUUGUCAUAAAUUUUAUUAAUGGAAUUUAUUACGUGCGCAAGUGGGCAGUAUUCACAAAAUAGACUUCAGUUCAUUCCGCGUCGCCAAUCACCUUGUUGCGUAACAGUUUGUUUUUUUCUCGGAAACAAGGACAUCCGCUUACAACCAAAAGCAACAAACAUGGCGAGUAAUACGCCAAGAAGCUUUCACCUCUUCAAUUGCGCUAACUUGUGUAAGUUAAGUGAGGUGGAAGCUUUGCUCAAAGCCGUUAAAGGGAAGGUUCCCUUCAAGAUUUUACAACUCAAGAGACACGAGUUUAGGCGAGAACAAAUCGAGGAAAUCGUUUUCCUAACGGUUCCAAACUUAAAGACAGUAGAUUACGCUGUGUUCGUUGUUCAUGCAGCUGAGGCCUGCCUCUCCUUUAGCGAUGAUAGUGGCUACGGAAAGAUUUAUGAGGCUUUGAAGAAGCGAACUGGCUGAGGUAGGACUGAAGCUGACACAACUGGAAAGAAACACUUCUUGAUAGUCCUAACCCCGUUGAAGUGUUUAAUCCAUAUCUGCAUGAAGUUUCCCGCUUUGUUGAUCAGUUUGACACAAAACAUUAGAGGCUUCAUUGUCAAGAAGAUUCCAAAAUUUGUUUUUAAAAAUGAGAUAAAUGAUGAUCAAUAAUUAAAGAGAAAUUAUAGGUGUGGCAUUGUCUUUCAUUUAGAGAUUAAAGCCCUG